AUGGCCACCACGUCCGAUUCUCCCACCGUCCAGGAGCCGCUCCCCAUCUUCAAGCUCGCGCAGCGGUACCUCGUCUACGAUGCCGACACGGUCACCUACCUACGACGAGAGCACAACAUCUGCGGCGUCUUGAUCGGCGGUCUCCCGCAAGCGCCUCAGCAGAAUGUCUUUUCUGGUCUGCCGCUUGAGUUGCUGCCGGAGGAGGCACGGUUGCUGGUAGAGAAGCGUGUGGCAUAUGUCGUGGAUGAUGUCGCGAAGCAUCGUCGAGCCUUCCUCGAGGAUGGGAUGAGCGCGGAAGAGCGAAGAGCCUAUCAAGCCGCUUUGCGAAAGCAAGGACUUGCUGCUGCUGGUGAGAAGAAUAGGAAAAGCGAGCAGAGGAAGAAGGCUACGCUGGAGAAACUGGGCACGGAGAAUUGGAAUGAUCUGCCCGAGGAUAUGCUGAAACCCAGAUCAGACCGUAGGAAACGUCAAGGAGGCUCGUCUGAAGGCUCCACGAUCCAACCAAAUGACACCCCGGACGACGAGACACUCUUCGACUCGCCAGGAGCAGCAGCUCUGUGCAAAGCCAGCACUCCCCACAACGCGAGGUCAGCUGAGCCUCAGCCCUUCUUCGUUACACCAACGACAUCGUACCCUCCUUUACAAUCUGCAGCCCCGCCAAGCGAGUCAACCCACGUGGACGCCCCAGACGCGCCACAGUCCUAUCCAAUUUUCCGGUACUUGCACGACCAAGGCUACUUCCUUGCGCCCGGAUUGCGCUUCGGGUGCCAGUACAUGGCGUACCCCGGAGACCCGCUCCGCUUCCACUCGCACUUCCUGGUCAACGGCAUGGACUGGGAUCAAGAGUUUGACCUACUCGACCUCGUCACUGGCGGACGUCUUGGGACUGGGGUAAAGAAGGGCUUCCUGCUCGGAGGCCAGGAAGAAGGUGGUGAAGGCAGGGACAAGGGUGCCGCGAAGUCUGGGGACGAAACGAGCCGGGGCGUGAGAUCAUUCUGUAUCGAGUGGGGAGGCAUGUAG